AGACUUGUACGUGUAGCAGGCCUCUUUCAUACUUAUAGCACCUCUUUAUUUUUCACGUAAAAAAAAAAAUCAUAGUCUAACAUUUGUCUAGAUAUGUCAACGUUCUUAGAUUUCAUAGGAGACGAGCGAGUUUUUCUCAUAACAAUAUAAACUUGGGGGCAGGAAAAUUAAGCUGCAAUAAUGACGGGUAAUGAUUCAUGGUUAAUUAUGCUGAACAUAACAAUAAUGUCAGAAUUAACACAAGCCAUAAUCUUCACAAGUUAAUUAGCAUGACACGUGUCACAGCCUUAACUUUGCACAAGUGAUACUUGUUGUCGAAAUGUCUUGAACACCUUUCUAAUCCUACGACAAACAAUGUCCCUCCGAAGUUGUUGGAGAACAUGAGAUAACAAACAACAAACAACAACCACAACGUCUAACUUGGAUUUUUUUUGUUUCAGCAGAAAGAAAACUCAUUGAAUAUUGUCACAUUUUCCUUUUCCUCUUGAAUGCUGCUGCUGCUGCAAUAACAAUAAGAUUGUUUCUUGUGUUUGAAGCAGAAUAUUAAUAUUGUUGUGUUGAUUCAUUUUCUUCAUCUGGGGUGUCGAUGAAAGACUGAAAAUCAGCAUGAUUGGCAAAGAAGGUGGUGUCUUGAAGGCAUGGGAGGCGACGGUGAAGAAAACACACGCCGUUGCGAAAAAGCGUGCCAACAGCAUAUUUGGGACAAUAACAAUUGGGCACGUAGAAGAAGAUCAUCAUCAAGAAAACCACCACAGCAAUGGUAGUAAUCGUGUUGCAGAAGAGAAUGGGAGCUCUGAGCCAUUGGAAGUUUACCAUGAAGAGAAGUUUCUCCCCAAUGGAGACUACUACACAGGGGAAUGGGCAGAGAGUUUUCCACACGGGUUUGGCAAGUACCUAUGGUUAGAUGGGUGCAUGUAUGUUGGAGACUGGUACAAGGGAAAGAAAACAGGAAGAGGAACAUUCAGUUGGCCUUCUGGGGCUACCUACGAAGGCGAAUUCAAGAACGGUUUUAUGGAUGGGACAGGAGUGUAUACAAGUGCCAAUGGGGACACCUACAAGGGUCAAUGGGUGAUGAACUUAAAACAAGGCCAUGGAUUCAAGAGCUUCUCGAAUGGGGAUUGGUAUGAUGGGGAUUGGAAGAAGGAUGUGACAGAAGGGAAAGGGAGGUAUGAAUGGAAGGAUGAGAGUCAUUAUUUUGGGGAAUGGAAGAAUGGGGUUAUUAGUGGAAAAGGGGUGUUUGUUUUUCAUAAUGGGAAUAAGUUUGAAGGGCAUUGGGAAGAUGGGGUUCCAAAAGGGACAGGAACAUUCAAGUGGCCUGAUGGAUGUUACUAUGCUGGCAAUUGGAGUAGGGAUGGUAGGGAUCAGGAUGGAACAUACCAUCCAUCAGAGUCCUUGGAUGAGGAGGAAGAUGGCCAUUGUCAUGCUCAUUGGGAGCCCUCUGAAUUGUACACUGCUUUGAGUUAUUAUAGAGUUGGUCGCGGCGAGAAGGUUCCGGUUUUGCCAUCACAGAAGAAGCUUGCUAUUUGGAGGUCUUCAAAGGGAGGGGAGAGUGGUAAGCCUAGGAGGAUGUCCGUCGAUGGCAGGGUCAGUCUUGGCUCGGAUAGGUCAAGUGAUAGGUGGCAUGAUGGUGGGGAUGGUGAAGCCCCCAUACCUCCUCCUCCUAAAACUCCUCCCAAGGCAGCCACUGAUUUGGAUGACGAAUUGAUGAACAUACAGAUAGAGGAUGAAAGCACUGGACCCCUCAAACCUCUCAAAGCUCCUAAGAAAGCAAAGAGACAGGGAGAGACUAUAUGCAAAGGCCACAAAAAUUAUGAGCUUAUGCUUAAUUUACAACUAGGAAUAAGGCACUCUGUUGCAAGACCUGCUCCCUCAGCAUCACUUGAUCUGAAGCCUUCAGCUUUUGAUCCAAAGGAGAAAGUGUGGACAAGAUUUCCACCUGAAGGAUCCAAGUACACGCCACCGCAUCCAUCAGCCGAAUUUAAGUGGAAGGAUUACUGUCCAGUAGUUUUUAGGGCUCUUAGGAAGCUAUUCAAGGUGGAUCCAGCUGAUUAUAUGUUAUCCAUAUGUGGAAAUGAAGCUCUUCGCGAACUUUGCUCCCCUGGAAAAAGUGGAAGCUUCUUUUACUUGACGAAUGACGACCGCUACAUGAUUAAGACAAUGAAGAAAGCUGAAGUAAAAGCUCUCUUGAGAAUGCUUCCUGCCUACUACACUCAUUUUCGAACCUAUCAAAGUACAAUGGUGACAAAGUAUUAUGGUUUGCAUUGUGUCAAAUUAACUGGACAUAUCCAAAGGAAGGUUCGAUUUAUCAUAAUGGGAAACCUUUUCCGUUCUAAAUAUAACACCCAUAGACGCUAUGAUCUUAAGGGAUCUUCGCUUGGUCGGACAACCGAUAAGCCUGAGACUGAGAUCAGUGAAACAACUAUCCUUAAGGAUCUUGAUCUAAACUUUAUAUUCCGGCUGCAAUCGUCUCGAUUUGAAGAAUUCUGCAGUCAAAUUGAUAGAGAUUGUGAGCUUCUAGAACAGGAGGGAAUUAUGGACUAUAGUUUGUUAGUAGGUAUUCAUUUCAGACAUAUAUCACCAGAGGGGGAACUUGUUCCUUGUGGAUCUGAGAAUCUUAUUGGAAAAGCCAAAAAUGAU